AUGAACACUGUGACGGUGUUGGCUAUCGCAAUCAGCCGUCGUGCCCCGACCAUCACUAUCGGAAAGUGGGAUAACGAUGCCAAUGGCGAUGUGCGCCUCAAGCAGACUAUUGUAAUCUCAAAGGAUCAAGCAACCAACACAAUCACCAUCCCUGGGGCGCCGCUCGUUAUCGAGUUUAGCAAGCUCUUUGAGCGAGAGCCGGCCACACCCACGGAGCGGGACAUUGAGAUAGGCGAUGACAAGCUGGAGUGGUGGGCGGAGGUUAUAUGGGAGCGGCCAGGCUCUAUCAUUAGGUGA